AUGGUGGUUUGGAGCCGUUUUAUGUCGAAAAAGGUUUUAUCAGGCACAGUGCUCGGUUUGGUGGUUAGUGCAUCGGGAUAUUGGUACGUUACGAACACCAUCGAACGCCGGAUGGUGGAAAAUUCCUUCACAACCAACUAUGAACCGUCACCUUGCGCGAAAUGGGAUUGGAACUGGGAUCACCGUGACCCAAAGAGCUUGGUAAAACCACUCAAAAAGGUUGAUGAUCCAGAAUCGCAGAACGAUUACAACAAGGCAGUGGAAAUGAAAAGGGGCCGUGCGAUUCGUCAUUUGAUACUGGUGCGCCACGGUCAGUACAAUCUCGAUGGUCUGAACGAUAGCCAGCGUACGUUAACCGAGCUUGGACGUAAGCAGGCCGCGCUGAGUGGCGAGCGGCUGAUGCAUCUCGCACUACCGUACGAUGAAAUUGUCCGUUCGACGAUGACCCGUGCACAAGAGACGGCAGAAAUCAUUGGCAAAUCGCUGGCACAUCUAAAGCUCGUCAAUUGUCCACUGCUAGAGGAAGGUUCGCCCAUUCCUCCUGAGCCGCCGGUUGGUCACUGGCGUCCAGAAGCAUCGCAGUUCUUCCAGGACGGUGCUCGAAUCGAAGGAGCAUUCCGGAAGUAUUUCUACCGAGCCGAUCCGUCCCAAAAGUCGGACUCGUACACCAUCAUCGUGUGUCACGCCAACGUGAUACGGUAUUUCGUGUGUCGCGCUUUACAGUACCCCGCCGAAGGAUGGUUGCGUAUUUCGCUUGGCCAUGCAUCACUUACCUGGGUUUCGAUCUACCCUGAUGGACGGGUGUCACUGCGUACGCUGGGCGAUUGUGGUCACAUGCCGAAGGAAUGUCUUACGCGAUAG